AUGGAUGGCAUGGCAUUUGACCUUGUCUACGAUUCGGUGCAAGGGAAUGUUAACAAAAGGAAAUGUGUGAUUGAAACAACCAAUGUUUACAAAUUAGAGCUUGGAGUCGCGUUUGCCAGGAAGGAUCCCCAGAAAAAUUCCAUCAAGGACAGGAGUCUCAGCGUUGGAAAAGAGAGUGUGGAAGAAAACACGGCUGACGGCGGUGGAUUGCGUGUUGCUUUUAACGCAUACCAAAAAAAAGAGCCCAAUUACGAAAAGCUGGUCAACCUUCCAAAAUACGACCACAAAAAACUUUUCUUCUUAGCUUUUGCAAAUGUUUGGUGCUCGAGCGAAUCCGUGCAAUACACCGAAGAAACGAUCCUGCGUACUGAAGAGAAGAAGAACGGCAAGCAUAGCCCAUCCAAAUUCAGGGUAAAUGAGUCCUUAAAAAAUAUGAAGGAGUUCGCAGAUGUAUGGGGUUGUCGUCCCGGAACCAAGAUGAACCCAAACCCAAAGAGCAGGUGCACUGUCUGGUAA